AGAGAGAGAGGGGCAGUGGUUGAAGCGUCAUGCAGAAAGCAAUCAGCAGCAGCACCAACACAUCACAGCAUCCAAACACAGACCUGCUUCAACUUUCUGCAGCCAAAAAUGAACAAACCAACUGUUUCUGUUGUCGACCAAUUGCACACCCUGUGUGAUAGGAGUUAGAGGCAAAAAAAUACAAAGCAAAAAAAAAGGAUCAUGUUGAAAUCGUAAGCAGUUUGCAAAGGAUCGUGUGAUUAAAACGCCUCUCUGAGCCAUAGGACUGACAAUUUUUGAUUGCAAUGUAACUGAUUUUUUUUUUUUUUAAAGCUGGAUAUGAAAACAAUUGUGCAAUAUUUUUUGCUCCGUGGGUCCAACUGUUCUCUCUGAGAUUUGUGCAUCGCAAUACGGAUAGCGGGACCCUUUGUCACAGUGUAAACCCAUACUGCGUGCAGGCGAGGGUGUGUUGGCGGUACGGAAUUUAACAUGGUGGGAAAGAAAAGUGUUUCAAUAAGCAACCUCAUUCACCUUGAAGUUGUGUUUUAAUUAGACAACACGCUGUUUUGCUACAGUCGGAGAAAUACGAUAUUUUGAUGACACCGUUUUCACAACCUUUAGCCUUUAAGCGUGCAGCGUGGAACCUCCGGAACGGCGUGGUGCUGAAAGGAUAGCGCUCGCUGUGUGCAGACAACCCGACGGGCUGGUGUUGUUGCUUCUCAAGCCUUACCUGGCAUAGCAGCUGUACAUUAGCUAUACAUUAUUCAUCUGAAUUGAUCGGAUUCAUCUUCGUUAGUUUGUUUGCGUGUUUGUUUUCUUCCUUCUGCUUCUUAGGCUGUGUACGCCCUUUGGUUGAAUGUUUGCCGGGUUUCAUGGCGGUGGCACGGAAGAUCAAAACUUUGCUGACUGUUAACAUUUUGGUUUUCGUGGGGAUUAUAUUGUUUUCGAUGUACUGCAGGAUCCAGGACCGCUCAGAGGAGCUCGUUCAGGUCGGAAGGAGCUCUGAUCAAAGGAUCCGAAGCAGGAACGCCAAGGUCGGCAACUUAGUGGACAAACAGUCCAUCCUUCAAAGACUGGAGCACCUGGAGGACGUGGUCUACAACCAACUAAAUGGUCUUGCCAAACCAAUGGGAUUAGUGGAAGGACCUGGUGGUUUGGGGCAAGGAGGAGUCGCUGCCACCCUGAGGGAUGACAGCCAUGAAUCAGAGAGCAAGUAUGAAGAAUACGGCUACAACGCCCAACUGAGCGACAGGAUAUCUCUGGACAGAUCCAUUCCGGACUACAGACCUAAGAAGUGCAAGCAGAUGACCUACCCAAGUGCUCUCCCUCAGAUGGCUGUGGUCUUCAUCUUUGUGAACGAGGCUCUAUCAGUGAUCCUGCGGUCUGUGCACAGCGUUGUCAACCACACUCCACCACAGCUCCUCAAGGAGAUCAUUCUGGUGGAUGACAACAGUGACAGCGUGGAGCUGAAAUUCAACCUGGACCAGUAUGUGAACAAGAGGUACCCGGGGCUCGUGAAAAUCGUGCGCAACAGCAAGAGGGAAGGACUGAUCCGAGCCAGGAUCCAUGGGUGGAAGGCAGCCACGGCUCCUGUCGUGGGCUUCUUUGAUGCCCACGUGGAGUUCAACAUCGGCUGGGCUGAACCGAUUCUGAGCAGAGUUAGGGAGGACCGCACCCGCAUCCUCCUCCCAGCCAUCGACAACAUCAAGUACAACACGUUCGAGGUGCAGCAGUACGCCAAUGCAGCCCACGGCUAUAACUGGGGGCUGUGGUGCAUGUACAUCAUCCCGCCCCAGGACUGGCUGGACAAGGGAGACGAGACAGCUCCCAUUAGGACACCAGCAAUGAUUGGCUGUUCGUUUGUGGUGGACCGCAACUACUUUGGAGAAAUUGGUCUUCUGGAUCCAGGAAUGGAGGUUUACGGAGGGGAAAACAUAGAACUAGGCAUGAGGGUGUGGCAGUGUGGAGGCAGUAUGGAGGUCCUGCCUUGCUCCAGAGUGGCUCACAUCGAGCGCACUAAGAAGCCGUACAAUAACGACAUUGAUUACUAUGCAAAGCGCAACGCUCUCAGAGCCGCCGAGGUGUGGAUGGACGAAUUUAAGUCACAUGUUUACAUGGCAUGGAACAUACCAAUGAACAACCCUGGGGUGGAUUUUGGGGAUGUGUCCGAACGGAUCUCACUACGGAAAAGGCUGCAGUGCCAUAGCUUCCGAUGGUACCUGGAGAAUGUCUACUCCGAGAUGCGGAUUUAUAACAAUACCAUCACCUAUGGGGAGGUGAGGAACAGCAAGGCCAGUGGAUACUGCUUAGACCAAGGAGCUGAAGAUGAUGAUAAAGCCAUUCUCUACCCAUGUCAUGGGAUGUCUUCUCAGCUUGCCCGCUACACCACAGAGGGGCUUCUACAGCUGGGGCCCUUGGGCUCCACUACGUUCCUGCCUGACACCAAAUGUCUGGUAGAUGAUGGGAGGGGCCGAUCUCCAAGCCUACAGAAAUGUAAAGACGUCUCAAGAUUGUCUCAGAGACUCUGGGAUUUUACACAGAAUGGUCCUAUCAUCAGCAGGGAUACUGGCCGGUGUUUGGAAGUUGAAAUGUCCAAAGAUGCCAACUUUGGGUUGCGCUUAGUAGUCCAGAGAUGUUCUGGACAGAAGUGGAUGAUCAGAAACUGGAUAAAGCAUCCCAAACACUAACAUUCAUCUGAGGAUCCUCCAGGUGUCCUCCUUGUAUUCAGGGAAACAUGGAACCCAAACAGGAGGCAUGACUGGGAAAACCAAAGGAUAACAUGGAUGUGUUCAUGUGUUCAGGCCAUAUUUAGCUCGCUGUGGGGAAGUGCUGAAAGAAGUGCUGGAAUCCCAACGGGACCCUGUUAUUAAAAUGCCAAGAUAAAAGCCGCUGUGAAGCAGGCCAUUCUUCCAAUGCCAUCUGCUUGUCUUAACGACAGAGGGCUGAAUGUGUCAAUAUGUCAUGUGUUGAAUGGUUUCUUUAAAGAACACACAAAAAGUACAAAGUACCCCAUCUCAUCUAGAAGCUAAGACAAAACUUGAUGCAACAUGGAUAUUUUAUUUAUUUUUUGCCAAUACUUCAAUAAAGUACAAAAACUUUGCAUUCUAGAAAAUAAAUAUCAGAGCUGCGUUCAUAUCAACUUUUGCAUUGGAAACAGGGAGAACAUUGGGCAUCGAUUCCAUGUUAAUGUCUACGGCAAUCACUAUGGCUGUAAACCAAGGCAGUCAUGGGCUAUUAACCACCCUGGAUAAUGAUUGUGGGCUUACUCAGAUGGGGUGGAGCCUUCCCGUAAAGACAAGCUGACAGGAAGAUGCCAAGCUUUUCUUAGUUUUAACUUAUUGACUGACGCACACAUUUUAUUAAGAUUUAUUAUGUGCCUUUUUCAUUAAUAUAUGCUAUGUCUAAACGGGGAACAUCAAUCCCAAAAGCAUGUCUGAUUACAUUUAUUGAAGAAAAUAUGUAAAUGUUACAUGUAAUAGUAAUAUAUUGUACAACUGAACCAGGCAGCUGCCUUAAAAUAAACAUGAUCUGCUGUGAAACUGUGUUUUUAAGAGAUCAGGUGCUGCAGAUUCUGUUGCAGAUUUUGCUGAUGGGUUCGGUUUAAAGAUGAAUUUGAAUGUAUCAUUUCUUUAUAAUCUUUGGAAGAAAGGAGGUAGUUGAGGAUUUCCAGAGAAGCCAAACUAAUAAAUAUGAAGCCCUCUUCAUACAGCACUGGAAUGUUGGCUGGACACAUCAUUGACAUGGCGUUGAAUAGAAGUUAUAUGAGAAGCUUUCAGUUUGUACAGCUGUAAUGGAUCUCUUCCUAGCAGCUGGUGAGUUAAUAAUACUGAGGGGAAAACUGCAAAAUUACUGUGCAAAUUUACAAGGGUACACUUUUAUAAGGGGCUGUGCAAGUGGAGGUACUGUUCCUUCCUCAGGAAGAAUCACUAAAUAUCCCAUGGCUAUCCUUCCAAUAUCAUGGUAACCUGUUAAGAUUUUGAAAUCUUGUAUAAUGAUGUAGUACUGUCAAUACCUUUCUUAAUGAUAAUUGUUACAAUUUUCAUUUAAAGCAAACCUAGAGAUUAUCCAUAUGUGCCAGGCGAAGAAAAAUGGAUUUUGAAAGUGUAUACAUUUUUAUUGACUUAAAAGAAAAUCCAUACUCAUACCCUUUACACAAAAUGUUCAUUAUUCAAGAGAAUCCAAUAUACGUCUCUUGAGGUCUCUGCGCUGCACUGCUGCAUUGACCAUUAUGAAACUACUUUAUUAGUAUUUCUAGUGUGCUGUGUGACAGGAUAAAGGUGCGUCAUAAAAAAAGUAAGAAAAAGAAAGCAAUGAGAGACUUUGGGCUAGAUACUAAAAGCUAUUUAUUCCAAAGGAGUCAUGAGCACUUCAGCCUAUUCAGCACUUCAGUCUGUUUACAAGCCCCUCGAUUAAAUGUCUGGAUUAUUUCUAGUUCAGUAACUUUGUUUGGUGUGCUUUUCCUUGUGUAAAUGUUCAAAUGACUAUGUGGAGUAUGUAUCUGAAACUGUCCUGCCCUUUGUGAGAAUGUUGUUACACCAAUGAGAUGAAAUGCGCUUAGCAGACUCUAGGUAAUGCACACGUGUGUGUUUUGGUUAGUUAGGAAAGAAGAAUGCAGAAGAAAAGUCUGACUUCAUAUAUCAGUGCA